CACAUCGCUCGGGUCCAUUCAGCGGGAGAAACUGAACAAAACCAAGAGUGCUAGAGAAGAGAAAUAGACAAAAACAAAGUUAAGAAACGUUAAAAGAGGGACAGUCUGUGGGCUUAACUAUUUGAAUCAAACAUUUUCUUUUCUUCGGGGGAUAAUUGUAUGUUGUGAUUAGAAGAAUGCGUCGCUCUGGAGCUCCUAGCCAACUCUCUGGCAAUGCAAUGAAAAAGCCUCGUUUUGUGGCCCCUGGAGGAUCUACUUCAUGUCCAUUGCCUCAAUCCAAGCCCCUUACUCCUAAAGGGGGUUUAGGCAAUGCACUGGAAAAGGUCCAGAGGAGUCUAGCAGCACCAGAUCAGAGUAUAACAGAGCAUGAUGUCAAAUCUCCAGCCUUGUCACGGGCUCUGGCUCUUGUUCUCAGUGCAAGAGAAAGCAAGGAGAAUGAUAGUGGGACAGACCAUCCUGACACUGGCUCCAAAGAGCACGACGAGGACAACAGACCAGCAGGAGGAAAUGGUUUCUGUCAGUUGACCCCUAAACGUCCAGAGCCUUCUGUACGGGUAGGCAGUGUUUCUAAACCUGCAGGCUCCGACUCUGGCUGUAGCCAGGAAGGAGCGCGUUACUUUAGCGUGAUGUGGUGUAAGGCCAGUAAGAAGAAACACAAGCGCUGGGAGGGAGAUGCAAUCCUGGUUACAAGAGGACGCACAGCCACACUGAAAGAUAUGGAGGGCAAAGAUAUUGGAAAGGGAAGUGGCUACAAGGUGUCCACACUCGCCUCCUUGUCAGAGGGAGAGACCCUGAUGAUUGGAGGGAAGGAGGUGGAGGUGAUGGGGAUCAUUUCGAAUGAGGACUUUGCUAAGGGACGUUGUUUCCAAGAGGUCCAGGUAGAGAAAGAUGAGCCACACACACAGUCUCGUCCACCUCCUCCACACCGUAUAUCAACCAAACCUUUCUGCCCCCCGACACUGUUGGGGAGAGGAGAUCGUCCAGGAUCUAAGCCAGAGGAGGAACAAACCUGCAGGCCUCGCCAUGACCCCCUGGCACCAGGUUCUCUGGUGAUGCCUCGUCCCUCUCCUAACCAUCAGUGGUCCAAUAACAAGGCCGGCCUUCCUGUGGUCGAUGUUGUCAUUGACCCACACCUGACCCAUCAACUGAGACCUCACCAGAGAGACGGCCUGCUCUUUCUGUACGAAUGUGUCACGGGCAUGAGAGCUGUGGGGCGCUAUGGUGCGAUCCUGGCUGACGAGAUGGGUCUCGGGAAAACCCUCCAGAGCGUUGCACUGUCCUGGACCUUGCUCAAACAAGGACCGUAUGGUGGGAAAGCGGUAGCUAAACGUGUCCUUGUGGUCACUCCUGGCAGCCUCGUGCAGAACUGGGGUGCUGAGUUUAACAAAUGGCUGGGACGUGAGAGGAUCAGUGUUUUCACUGUGGAUCAGGAUCACAGGAUUGAGCAGUUUGUGUUAUCCCCUCUACACAGCGUUCUUGUGAUCAGCUAUGAAAUGCUGCUGCGCUGCCUUGAGCAGGUACAGAAAGUGGAAUUUGGUCUUAUAAUUUGUGAUGAGGGUCACAGAUUGAAGAACAGUACCAUCAAAACAUCCUCUGCCCUCUGCAGUCUGAGCUGUACUCGCAGAGUCAUACUAACAGGGACCCCAGUACAGAAUGAUCUACAGGAGUUCUAUGCGAUCAUAGAGUUUGUUAAUCCCGGCAUCCUCGGGUCCUCCACUGCUUAUAGAAAAGUUUAUGAAGAGCCCAUUCUGCGCUCCAGACAGCCCUCCUGCACAGAGGAAGUGAGAGUUUUAGGAGAAGAGAGAGCAGCAGAGCUCUCUCGCCUCACCGGUAUGUUCAUCCUGAGACGAACCCAGGAGAUCAUCAACCGCUACCUCCCUCCUCGUCUUGACUGGACAUUGUUCUGUGAACCCUCCCCUUUGCAGCUCGAGCUGUACGAGCAACUUCUCUGCCACAGAGUCUUCAGAGCCUGCCUUCAGGGCUCCACACAAACACACACGCACCUGGCCUGCAUCACUGCCCUGAAGAAGCUCUGUAACCAUCCCGGUCUCCUCCACUCUACUGUCAAGGAAAGAACAGAUGGCGGUUCUUUAGAGAGCUCUUUAUAUGAUGGCCUGAUAGAACUCUUCCCAGAAUCCUACUCUUCAGGUGGAUUGAACACUGCAGACUCUGGAAAGCUCCUGGUUCUGUCGGACCUGCUGACUGCCAUCAGACAGCUCAGCCCUUCAGACAGGGUGGUCGUAGUGUCCAACUACACUAAAACACUGGACUUGCUCCAGGACUUGUGCGCACACAUGGGCUACACUUUCUGCAGACUUGACGGACAGACCCCAACCAACCAGAGACAGCGGCUGGUGGACAAUUUUAACAGUCCUUACUCCAAUCAUUUCCUGUUUCUCCUGAGCUCCAAAGCAGGCGGGGUGGGACUUAAUCUGGUGGGUGCCUCCCAUCUGGUGCUCUAUGAUAUUGACUGGAACCCUGCAAAUGACAUUCAGGCCAUGGCUCGAGUAUGGAGGGAUGGUCAGAAGAAGACUGUGCACAUCUAUCGACUCCUCACUGCAGGCACGAUUGAGGAGCGUAUAUUCCAGAGACAGGUGUCCAAACAGGGCCUUUCUGGGACGGUGGUUGACCUUGGAAAAGGGGCAGAGCACACCAGCUUCUCCUCCAAUGAGCUUCGAGAUCUUUUUAGCCUGACAGACACGCCCUCUCUGACCCACGACCUGUUAAACUGCAGCUGCAGCAUGGACGGUUCACAACAGGCUGUUGCAGAGGAGAAUGACGAACAGGUUUCUGCCAGGCCGUGCCAGCUUGGUCGUCAGGGUGACCGCAGUGUGGCAGCGCAGAAACACCUCAGCAUGUCCGAGCUGAUGCAGUGGAGGCAUUUCUCUGGUGACACACACACCUUCUCAGACCCUUACCUCGAUAAUGCACGAAACCAUAUCACCUUCGCCUUCCAGACCACCAUCUCGCACACAAGCAGUGAACCAAAGCACACUGGAUGACUCUCUAGAUACACACACACACACACACACACACACACACACACACGUGAAUCAUCUUCUACAUGUUUGUCUUCAGGCUGUCUGGGCUUUGUCUGCAGCCUGGGAACAACGCAUGACUUAGACAGUCCACAGUUGCUGCCAAUAACAGCAUCACAGUUCCAAUCUGUUUUAAGUGACAUUGUUUGUGAGAAUCGUUAUCUUAUUUUGAACAUUUAUUUAUUUAUAUAAAGAAAGUAACUGUACAAAUGUUUAAAAUAAAUGAAAUUCAGAAGGAA